AUGUCAAAGGGCGGUUUAACAGCUCAGUGUCGAGCAGAGAAGCCGAACAAAGUGGAGGAGCAAGAGUAUCUCGCCUUAGUUCGCAGAUUUUCUGCCAUCUCUUCCCUUAAGAACUCUGAUGAGACCGACCUGGAACAAGUAACCAGCAGCGAGGGAGCGGCAAAGGCCAUGGAGAUGGAGGCCUUGUACGAUCCCGAGGCGUGGAGCUUUCCAGGGGCAGCGACGGGCCAUGAGUCUGCUUUCAGCCUGAGCUCCGCGGGGGCCAGCAGCGGCGGCGGCUUCCUGGAGCCCAACGACGAUCACGAGCUCCAAGCCCACAUUCAGCAACUUAGCCGGAGCUUCGACGGGACCGAGGCGUUUCAGUUGUUUGAUCACGACAGCAUCGUGGUUCAGGGGCUGUCUCGUGUGGAUUUUCCCCUGGAAACGGGCCGUGGUGCGGGUUUCCAGCAGCAGCACUUCGAACAGCCGCUGCCCGUGAUGGCGGUCAAGGAGGAAGCGGUACCGGUGGAACAAGUAGAAAUCCAUCCGGGCAAGGCCUUCCAAUACUGGAGUCCUGGGAUCGAAAGCACCGCUCAUACUCAUGGCCAUGGUUGCAGGAAGAAGUCGAUGGCGUGCUCCAUUCUGGAUCUCUAUCGGCAAGUUCACGAAAGGGAGCAGCUCCAAUCUCGCGCUUCCUCCUCCUCGGCUGCCCCCGAAGAUGUAACUCUCCAGCAGCAGCACCAACAGCAGCAACUAGAAAUACAGGCGCCAUCUUCUCAAGUAGCUCAAGCUCAAGAUCUCCAACACCAACCCCUAAUCCAAUUCCAAUCAAAUCCGCGAGCUCCAGCGCAAACUCCCGCCUCGUACAACCACAUGCUGGCCGAGCGGUCCCGGCGGUCCAAGGAAUCCGAGCACCUGGCCACGCUCAAGAAAUUCAUCCCACAAGGGACCUUGAAGAAGGCCAACAAGCUCGCGGUCCUCCAGGCCACCAUCGACUACAUCAAGCAACUCCGGUGCCAGAUCGCGGAGCUCCAAGAGCAGAGCAGCCCGAGCUUCACCUCCAACUUGAACGGCGGCACCGGCGACCAAGAGGUGGAGUCCUUGUCCCCAGCCGCAACGAAUCCCACCAGCAUGCUCACGGAGGAGCUCGACAAUAAUGACGACUCCCGCGCCGCGCGAUCGGCAAUUCACCUCAGCUUCGACGUCAAGAGACCGGAUCACGACCUGGUCAGGAUGCUGAGUUGCCUCCAGGAGCUCGGUCUGGAGCUGGAUUCCAUCGACUGGAAGCCCGAAGUGAGCUCGGUCCUCAGCUUGACCGUUCACCACAACACCAAGAUGGAAAACCUCUUGUCCCGACAAGCCCUCCACGAAACUCUGGCCAAGAAGCUGUUCACAGCAAACUAAUGUGAUCACCCCAGUGUCUCGAAAGGUACUUACUUUACAUUCACACUAUGUGGUAUUGUGAGUAGAGCAGCUCCCGGACUUUGUAGUAGUCGUCAGACAAAGAUCCCUCGAUUACGAGUUGCUGUCCUCCACUCUGGGCAGAGCAACUUAGUUUCCGGAUUUACAAAGUUCGGAACUACCUACCUUGCGAA